GUUGCAUCAAUUUCACACCAGUUGAAUUCCACCCCUCCGCCAAAAUCCGGCUAUUAGAUGUGACCACGAGGUUGAUCAGGAGAAGCCAUCAUGUCUUAAACGCAGAAGGGCCCUCUGGAGCCCUGCCCCCCCACCGUGGCCCACCCUCCCCCUCUCCCUCCCCCAUCCACCACCUUACCCCUUCUCCUAGUCCCAUCCAAAUCCCAGACCUCUCUGCACAUGUGCGAGACAGGCUACCCAACCCUGGCUCCCCACUGGCGCACCCCUCCCCUCCCUUUGGAGAGAUGAGCUUGCAGAAGCACCAGCAGCUGGGCCAUGGAAGUGGUGGAGUAAUGGGUUCUGAUCGGGACCUACAGUCCACUGCUUCCUCCAUCUCUCUGCCCUCUGUGAAGAAGGCCCCCAAAAAGAGGCGUCUCUCCCUGGCCUCACUUUUCAGGCGGCGAGGACGAGAGUCUAAAUCAGGGCGCCAAAGGUCCAGAGACUUCCAGCAUUCUGGACCUGGAGGGCUAGGAGGGGUGGAUGGCAUCGCCAGCAUUGAGAGUAUCCACUCUGAGAUGUGUAAUGACAAGAACUCUGCCUUCUUCUCUGUGGCUGGGACCGGAGCUGCCUCAUCUGCUGCUGCUGCCGCUGCCGCCUCCACCUCAUCUGCCUCGGGGCCUUGUUCCUCUACCCCCUCGUCCUCCAAGAUGGGGGGUGGGGUUGGGGCAGAGCUACUGGAGUGCCCGCUGUGCCUUCUGCGUCACUCCAGGGAGAGCUUCCCUGACAUCAUGACCUGUCACCACCGCUCCUGUAUUGAUUGCCUGCGCCAGUACCUACGCAUUGAAAUCUCAGAGUCCCGUGUCAACAUUAGCUGCCCUGAGUGCUCAGAGCGCUUUAACCCACAUGAUAUCCGUAUGAUCCUGGGUGACCGGACGCUAAUGGAGAAAUAUGAGGAAUUCAUGCUGAGGAGGUGGCUGGUAGCUGACCCAGAUUGCCGUUGGUGUCCUGCACCAGACUGUGGGUAUGCAGUUAUUGCCUUUGGGUGUGCCAGUUGUCCAAAAAUAACAUGUGAGAGGGAGGGCUGCAGUACAGAGUUCUGUUACCAUUGUAAGCAGCUGUGGCAUCCCAACCAAACUUGUGACGCAGCACGACAGCAGAGAGCCCAGAGCCUUCGUUUGAGAACGGUCCGCUCGAGCUCCCUCAACUACAGCCAAGAGAGUGGAGCUGCAGCUGAUGACAUCAAGCCAUGUCCGCGCUGUGCCGCUUACAUCAUCAAGAUGAAUGACGGCAGCUGUAACCACAUGACCUGUGCCGUCUGUGGCUGUGAGUUCUGCUGGCUCUGCAUGAAGGAGAUCUCAGACCUGCACUACCUGAGUCCGUCAGGCUGUACUUUCUGGGGAAAGAAGCCGUGGAGCAGAAAGAAGAAGAUCCUUUGGCAGCUGGGAACACUCGUGGGUGCCCCUGUUGGCAUUGCACUCAUUGCAGGGAUAGCUAUCCCUGCCAUGAUUAUUGGUAUUCCUGUAUAUGUAGGAAGGAAGAUCCAUAACCGCUACGAAGGCAAAGAUAUUUCCAACCACAAGAGGAACCUGGUGAUUGCUGGUGGGGUGACUCUGUCUGUCAUCGUGUCCCCAGUGGUGGCUGCAGUCACUGUCGGCAUUGGAGUUCCCAUCAUGCUUGCAUACGUGUACGGCGUGGUGCCCAUCUCUCUGUGCCGUAGUGGAGGGUGUGGUGUCUCAGCUGGGAAUGGGAAGGGAGUUCGCAUUGAGUUUGACGACGAGAAUGACAUGAAUGUUGGGAGCGGGGCAGCUGCUGCCGACACUACAUCAGUGGCAGAUGCCAGGAACAACCCCAGUAUAGGUGAAGGCAGUGUAGGGGGGUUGACAGGCAGCCUGAGUGCAAGUGGCAGCCACAUGGACCGUCUUGGGGCCAUUAGGGACAACCUGAGUGAGACAGCCUCCACUAUGGCCUUGGCUGGUGCCAGCAUCACCGGCAGCCUAUCUGGCAGUGCCAUGGUCAAUUACCUAAACAGGUUGGAGGUGCAGGCUGAUGUGCAGAAGGAGCGCUGCAGUCUCAGUGGUGAGUCUGGCACAGUCAGUCUGGGAACAGUCAGCGACAAUGCUAGCACCAAAGCAAUGGCUGGAUCCAUUCUUAAUGCCUACAUGCCUCUUGACAGAGAUGGGAACAGUAUGGAGGUGCAGGUUGACAUUGAAUCCAAACCCGACAAACUACGGCAUCACAGUGGCAGCAGCAGCAUCGAUGACAGCGGCCACGUUGGCCGCUGUAGCUGGACCUGUCCCUCCAAUGGCUGCACCUCCUCAGAGGGCAAAGGAACCUCCACUAAGUGGGCCAAAGAGGCCUCCUGCUCCUCCUCCUCCAGCUCUGGUGGCAAAAAGAGCAAAGGCAAGCUGCGCAAGAAAGGAGGAGGAGGCACAAAGAUCAAUGAGACACGGGAGGACAUGGAUGCUCAGCUGCUGGAGCAGCGCAGCACCAACUCCUCAGAGUUCGACUCUCCUUCUCUGAGCGGCAGCCUGCCAUCAGUGGCUGACUCCCACUCCAGCCACUUCUCUGAGUUCAGCUGCUCUGAUCUAGAAAGCAUGAAGACAUCCUGUAGCCAUGGCUCCAGUGGAGGCGACUACCAUACGCGCUUUGCCACCGUCAGUCCCCUACCUGAAGUGGAGAACGACCGCCUGGAGACCUGCCCCACUUCUUCAUCCUCUUCCCAGGGACAGAGUGCUAUGGUCACCCCACACUCCCCCACUUCCACCACCUCCUCCCUGGGUCAUGGCACAGAGCUCCCCCCUCUCUGCUUCAUAACAGAGGAGAAUGUCAACCUGGUGUGCCCCACUGAGCUGGACUCUCACAGCAACACCGGAGAGCUGCUGAAAGAAACCAACAACAACACCCACCAUCAUCAACCACAACACCCAGCCCAAACCCAGCAGCAGCCCAAGAACUCCUGUAUACAGACUGAUAUUUAAAAUCUCAAUACCAUAAGUGCUGCACACACACAGUUUUUAUUUAACAUCCUUUCCUCCACUAACAUAACAAUCAUAGCUCACAGUUUACCCGGGUUUUCUGUUAUUCCCUUGUAAAGGGAUGGUGUUAUUUUUGGGAUGGACGUCCUUGAUUAAAAAGCAGCCUUUGAGCAAAACAGAGAUCUGUGUGUAUCUGUGUCCACUGAGUGUCAGAAGGCUAUUGAAGAUAUUAAAAGGCUUCUGCAGUGCAUUCAUGUGAGAAAUGCUAAGGUUGUGAAUACUGGUGUUUCUCCCUGUGCAGCCCAUAAACUGCUGACAGAUUUUUGAAACUCACUCACUGGCCACUUAUAACAGAAGGCAGCCCACUGAUUUGGGUGUGUCCUAUUUAUCUGUGUAGACUAAAAUAAAAACCACUGUGCCAGUUAUGCUAGUAUUUGAUUUUUGGCUCUAUUGUCUGGAUGCAAUACCAUGCAGGAAUAUUAAAGGUCUCAACUAUUCAGAAGUGAACUCAAGCAGGGACCAGGCAAUAUGAUUCAUUCAUUUUAUUUUCCCCAAAAUGUAUUAGUAACAGGAGGAACGUCUGAGUUCUUAUCUGUAUUUAUUAUUAGACUGUUGGCUUGUUUUUGUUCUGGAUCUAUAUUUGAAAUGAAAAUGUCUAAGUCCAAGGCCUGGGCUGUAUGUCCUGAAUCAUUUUAGCUCUAAAACAGACCUAAAAACAACUGAGAUUGUUUUUAAAUGGAUGCACACACAACUGUUGUCCCAUUGUGGGAGAUGGUGCUCGCUGGCUGUUUAGCAGCUCUGUAACCAAUGAUUUAAGACCUGUAGCCUAAAAUCCUUGAGUGCAUAUUCUAGCACUAAGGUGAAUCAGGAAGCCCAGGCCUCAUCUGGCUCUGUGGAAAGUUCGUAAUGAUAUGUUGAGGGUGUGGGUGGGGGCUGUUGUUUGAAUUGAGAAAGGGUCUCUGGAAGGCCGCAGUUGUUGAGAUAAUGCUUAAAGUCAUUAUAGUAACAUUAACCAAUGGGUUGGUCAAUUCUGUGAAAUUGUACAAAGAAAUUGUUUUUGUCCUGUUCCAAGGUGAUUUAUUCAGGCUGAUGGUUUCGCCUCACUGAGUAAGAGAGAGCUUUGAUAUCUUUCUUUGUUAACUCAUGGUGCCUUCGAGAAGCUAUUUGUGUUCUGUUUGUCUCCACUGUGUUUUCUAGAUUCCAAACAACCACAACAACUCAUUGCAGAAUGUCUGACUGUGUAGGAGGGAUGGUUAUUCACAUACUGAACAUCCUGUGGUAGAUAUGUAAAUGAAGACUUUUCAAUUGCCUACCAAAGACAGCACUCAGGCUCUUGUUAAAUCUUAAACCUUUGACUUGUCAGCUGUAGAUGCAGUAUUGUGCAUCCUUUUAAAACCAUGGGGGAUGAGUGAUAAGAUCCAAGAUUAUACAGACAUACAGACUGCUGUUUUGUACAUGCUUCACAAAUGCUACGCAAAUAACCAAGGCUGUACAACAGCCCAAGGCACCUGCACUGUUACCUGUAUUUCUUACUACAUUGAUGUUUUGCAAUGCACAAAGGUUCAUGGGGAUACAGAGGUUUGUUAAUGGUUAUCUUCCCUAUUGAUUUGUCCUGUGAGUUCCUGUUUGUGUUGCCAAUCGGUGCUGCUGAGCAGACUUGAAGUUGAAUUCUUUAUUUCAGAGUGUUUGCUUAAGCCUGUCUUUACUGCUCUGUGGUCGGCUUUAUUGGGGCCACCGAGUCAGCUCAGGUGAAUUCAGCCAUUGAAUGGUAUCCUGACCCAGGUCUGUUACUGAAUGAACACUCAGUUUGGUUCUGUGGAUUAGGCUUUAUGCUGCACUUCUCCCUGCAUUACAGCAAAACGUUUUGUUUUUCCCCCCCUCAUUUUUCACCCAAAUUCUGUUUGUUUUUUUAAUCCUAAUUUGAACACUAGUGCCAGAUCUAAUUUGUAAUUUGUGUAGAAUUGCAUAAGGUAUUUGUAUAUUUGUUUGGAAAUUUGCUUUACUAUAUGCGUGUAAAUGCAUAUCAAAAAAUAAAAAAACCCAAAUGUU